AACAGCCCUUAAACGGCUUGAGGCAACGGCCUCCCUGAAAUCCAGUCGACGCCAACCGUCGCACGCACUCCUGGAGCGCACGUCGACGUCAACCGUCGCACGCACUCCUGCAGCGCGCGCUGAGCCUGAGGUCCGAGCCGCUGCCACCAGCUCAGCAGCCCACAGCCCGGAGGGCCAGCAGGUCCCUGUGCACCUGGGACAGAGGACAACAGAGAGACCGGGUCCUCCAGGGCCGGCGUGCCCCAGUGUGACCUGGAGGAGGACGUGCGGGCCAGGGCCAGGGCCCAGGAGGGAGACUCCGAGCACCCGGACAGCAGCGAGCCCUAAGCUGGGCCUCUGGCUACACCUGCGACUGACUGAAGGGUCCCCCAUCAGCCCCUGGACUCUCCCGGCCUCGCUGGCCUCCCUGUGCGCUGGGCCAAUUGAUGGCAGUCACAGAAGAGCCUGGACAGAGACUGGCUGACAGCAACACCGAGACAGCGAGCGCGAGCUCGUCCGUCCUACUGAUCAUAAAGAGCUACAGACGAGGUGGACUGAGAAACAGUCCCUGUGCCCUAAUGCAACAAGCAGGUGCAGAGUUCAUGGGUGCUGCGGGACCAGGACCUAAGCAGGCUGACUGAGGCGACUUGUCCCGCGGUGGCCGAGCUGCCCCUGCAGUCGGGAGUACAGAGGAAGGAAGAUGUUGGGUUCUGGCCAGAGAAGGUCUCGGUCGGAAUUGGGCCUGGAGAAACCGAUACCGUUGAGGAGGAGUGAGCCAGGAAGACCCACCAGAGAAGUCAAAGCAGAACGAGACUCCGCUGCUCGGCGCAAUGAGCUAGCCGACCUCCGUGAGCAAGCUGCGUGUGUGAGCCUGGCGGAGACGCUGGGGUUCGGGGUCGUGGGGGCAGGCCCCGGGCGUCAGCCCCUGCCGCCUCUGCCGCCUCUGCCCUGGCUCUGUGGCUUCCUUUGUGGCCUUCUCUUCAUUUACUUUCUGUUUGUCAUGUGAAUUCCAAAAACGUCUUCAGACGGUAGGAGUUAGAUAGGUGGCUUUAGGAGCACCGUGAAUAUGGAGAAGUAGAAACCAAGCAGGGAGAGCGUUCGUUCCAUGCUAUCGUGAGGAGCAGUCAGGGCCGCAUUUUGUUGAUCGUCAUAGUGCAAGUUCAUCGUCUUCCUCGGACUUUUUGCAAGAUUUGUUACUUAUUUGUGAGGCAGAGCAUUAGACCGAGAGGGAGAGAUCUUCGAUCUGCUGUGCACUCCUCAAAUGGCCACAGCAGCUAGGGCUGGGUCAGGACGGAGCCAGGAGCUAGGAACUCCAUCCUGGUCUCCCCAGGGGUGGCAGGGGCCUGCGUACAUGCGCCAUCACCCUCUGCCUUCCCAGGUGCAUCAGCAGAAAGCUGGGUCAGAAGAGCAGCCGGGACUUGAGCUGGCAUUGCUGGAUGGGAUGUGAGAACCGCAAGUCUGGCGUCAUCGGCACCGCAGUGCCUGCGCCACUAGGAUUUCCUUUUUAAGGUUUUGUUUAUUUGACAGAGUUUCAGAGUGAGAGAGAGAGGGAGCGACAGAGAGAAAGGUCUCCCGUCUGCUGGUUCUCUUCCCAAAUGGCUGCAACAGCUGGAGCUGGGCCAAUCUGAAGCCAGGAGCUUCCUCUGGGUCUCGCAGGUGGGGUGCAUGGGCCCAAGCACUUGGGCCAUCUUCCACGGCUUUCCCAGGACGCAAGCAGACAGGUGAGAAGAGGAGCAGCUGCGACAUCGACCAUUGCCCAUGUGGGAUGUCAGUACCGCAGGUGGAGGUUCAGCCUACUAUGCCGCAGCUCCAGGCCCUUUUUUCCCCCAACAUAGACGCAGUUCCCCUGGAUGCAUUCCGAGAGAUUUCCUGUGUCAUCACUUGUACUGCUCUAUUGCUUUGUCAGCUUUGGACACUCUUCCUUUGUAGUGACUACGUGGUACUGCGUCUGCUGACGGGAAUGCUGGGAACUUGGAAAUGUUGGAGCAGUGUUGAAGUGGGUGAUCUCCUAGGGAACACACGUCCUUUGUCCUCUGUGGGCUUGUCGCAGGAAGUGGAGGCACCAAAUAGUCAGAAGCGAUCUGCGUGUUCGUCUCGCAGCCGCUCAUUUACUAUGAUCAGGACUUUGCUACGCAACACUGGCCAUGGCCCCGCCCUCUGCCUGGAGACGGACAGUGCAGAAAUGCGGGGGACCCGCACUUCUGAGUGAGCUUCGUGGAAUGAGAGUUAGGAGACGUUUGCUGCUCUUCACAGGUCGCCAACCAGAGCCUGAGUUCCAGGAGUAGCGAGAAACAGGAGUCUGCCUCCAGGGCUGGUCUCCCACACGGGUAUGGAUGGAGCCACAUUUUGAUGGUGGGCAGAGCCCCUGGUCCCGUCCUGAAAUGAGUCAGGGGAGAGUCUUCGGGGUUCCAUAACCCUCAGGCGGUGAAGGGAACCAGGAAGGGGAGCUGGAGCCUGAGCGCAUGGAGCAGUGGAGACCAGGCCUGUGCUCUGUGCAUGCAGCCGCUUCCCUGCUUAACGCUCCCCGUGUGCACUCAGCGGGGGCCUGUUUAGCUCCAUUUUCUACAAAGGUGCCCGAGUGCUCAAGAGAUGUGUGCAGUGUCAGAGCUCCGGGACUCUGGACGCCACAGGGUCCCGCCCCCACCGCCAGCCUCCUGGGCCUGCAGGGCCUCCUGCUGCGGCUGCACAGCUGCUCUUGGGGUCUGCUAGGCUGAGAGAAGGGGGUACCUGGGAGCACUGGGGGCUGGGCAGAUGGCAGCCCUGCUGUAUGAGGGGGAAUGGGAUGAAGAAAACCAGGAAGUCGGCAUAUGGCAAUCUUGGCUUUAAACAUGGUAUUAGGUUUGAACUCUUGGAUGAAUUGGGAAGAAUUGCUAUUUUCCCAUCAUCAGAUUAUCCUAUCUGAUCACUUAAUUCAGACCCUCAUGUCUAGCCAUUAAUUGUUGUUUUCUCUUCCUAUGGACAUUGUGGAUAAUUCCUGAAAGUGAAUUCCUAGGCACUUUUUAGAUUUGGUUGCUUUCAUGAAAUUACAAACAGACAUUGAGAAUUUGUGGAAAUCUGGAAUUAAAAGAUGAGUUUAGGGGCAGUUUUGUGGUGUAGAGAGUUAAACUGCUGUCCGUGAUGGCUGCAUCCCAUGUUGGAGCACUGGUUUGGAUCCCAGCUGCUCUACUUCUGAUCCAGCUCCCUGCUAAUGUGCCUGGGAAAGCAGUGAAAUAUGGCCCAAGGACUUUGAGCCCUGCCAUCCAUGUAGGAGACGUGGGUGGAGUCCUGGCCAUUUGGGGAGUGAAGCAACAGGUGGAAGAUUGCUUCUUCUCAUGGUCAUUUUGUCUUUCAAAUGAACAAAAUAAAUAGAAAAAUGAGUUUAUUUUGGCGCAAAAUAUUUCAAAAUGCAAGUAUAGAUUAGUCUUCAAAGAGUUCACAAUAAUACAUAUUAUGAAAAAACUAAGCAUAGAUUUGCACCAAAAUAAGCUUAGAUUUUAAAUCUGUUUUCCCACACACUUUUUGAAGUUCCCUGGCAUAGUAUUUCCCACUAUGCUUUCUUUUGUAGAAGAUUUAUUUAUUUAUUUGAAAGGUACAGUUACAGAGAGGCAAUGGUAGAGAGAGAGGUCUUCCACCUGCUGGUUCACUUCCUAGAUGGCUGCAAUCGUCAGAAUUGUGCUGAUCCGAAGCCAGGAUCCAGGAGAUUCUUCAGGGUCCCCAUGCAAGUGCAGGGGCUCAAGGAUUUGGGCCAUCUUCCAUUGCUUUCCCAGGCUAGAGCAGAGAGCUAGAUCAAAAGUGGAGCAGCCGGAACUCGAACUGGUGCCCAGAUAGGAUGCUGGCACUACAGGCGGCAACUUUACCUGCUACGCCACAGCGCUGGCUCCCCCACUGUGCUUUCUAGUUUGGUAGAUCUUCAGUGGAGCAAGCAUGGUCUGCAGAUCAACCAUGCCAGCCUUAGUGGAGGGAGGUCUUGGGAAAAGCGCAUCCCCUCAGGCCGACCCCAGCCUUAGUGAGCUGGAACGUGCUUUGUGCCUGGCCAGAGCCCUGAGUGACUGGUUUACAACUGAGGAGUAGAAAGUUAAUGGGAUGCAAUAUGAAGCAGCCUGCUUUCAGUUGGCCCAGGAAAGAGAAUCUGAGAUCUGGUUCCUGAUUGCUGUUUUUCACCUUCACUACUUUCUCUCUUUGUGAAUUCAAGACUUUGAACUGUUCCUUGGCAGGGGCCAUUGAUGGAGAUCAGUGAAUUAAGAGGUCUUCACUUGGCAGUUUAGACAAAAUCUCGAAGGAGGGAUUUUGGAAUCGCGCAGCCCAACUGAUUUGGAAACUGAUGAAAUAUUUCAGUCAGGAUAAUUUGAUAGGAUUCUGUUGCCUGCACACACGUUACUCAGAAGUAAAAUUCUAAAAUUCUUCCUUUGGCCCUUCAGGGGGAGCAUGGCCUCACCCGCAGCUUCAUUUUUGACUAGUCUUCAGAACUGUGGCUUCAUCCGUUUCUGUUCUCGGUAAUUUGGUUUAUGGUACUUGGCUAUCCCAGCCCUAAGAAAAUGAGAGUUAGAUCAUUGUAGUACCCACUACUGUGAGUGCUUGAGACUGCCUUUUUAUUUUUUCCCACUCAUCCUCAUAGUUUUGGGUCUAGCUUGGAAUAUUCAGACUAUGUAUAUUUAGUGUAGCCUACUGUUGCUGUGGAUUCUUUCAGAGAGGAGGAGCGUGGUGGGGGCAAGAGGCGCAGAGUCACCACACAGACCCCGGGAAUCGAGUGAAAGCAGGCCAGAGGUGAGCAGCCCACAGACUCGUUUAUUUCAGUUGGUACAGCAGCUUAUAUAGCUGAGGCAGCCAAUCUGGUCAAGGGGUGGUCUAUGCCCUAACUAAUCACAGCCUGUUGCCAGGCAGGCUCCAUUGCCAUGUGGUUUCCAAAGCCAUCCAAUCACAGCCUGUUGUCAGUUUCCGUUGCCAGUGGCCAUCUUGGCAUGACCUUCUCAUUCCACCACAUUUCCCCCUUUUCGUUUAUUUUUGAGCAAUUGGUGGAAUGAUUCUUGGCCAUACCAUUGUUGACCCCAUUUCCACAGCCUCCGUAUGCAGCUGUGCCUGUCUUAGGUUGUCCCCCAGGGGAUCUUACCUGUCAUUGAUUAACCAGCGCUCAAAACGGGAGACCACAGGAGUGCUUGCUCAGAUAGGGGUAGGAAUGAGGAACAAUGGUAAUCAGGAAUGGCAUGUCCGCACACAGGCUGUGGGCCAUUUGAGUGGCUGACCAGAGCUAGUGGGGGUACAAAAUAGUAACAGAUAUGGCUAUGGGCAGUUUCUCAGGGUAGGAUGAUAGGGCAGGUGCGUCUGCUAACAAGGUGGAUUCUCAGUCUUGUUCAGCUGGUUCUGGUUGGCUGUCAGUUGCAGGCUUGAUGUUUCUGGCUGGUACCUAAAUAGGCUGUUCCGCAUUCUCUGGAAAGACACAAGCAUAUCCUCUACCUUUGGUUAGCAGAAGCCUUUUUACAGGUGCUGCAAUCCAAGGCCUGAAUUCUGCAUCCACUCCUACGUUAAUGGCAAACAUAUGGGUGGGAUGGGGUCUAGUGGCUGCCCUGAGAGCCUGGGGUGCCUGAGGACUGCCACAAAUGUGGGGAUCCUCACUGGGUGCGGAUGGGAUGACCUCACAUGGGUUAUCACCUCGAGGUCAUCUAAGUUCAUCCAUGGGUACUUGGGGGGUGGCUGACCAGGCAUUGAUGCCUUGUCUGCUGUCAUGUUAUUUUCACCGUCAGAGCUCUCUCUCCCUAAGUCAUCAACUGAUGUCUGUGAGGCAGAGGCCUGGAGUGACAGGCUCUUAUCACACAGAUUCGUUAUGUUUGGAAAUUGUGGGUUUCUGAGAGGGGGGUAUCUAUCUUUCCCAUGUUUGAGUGCUUAAGAGCGGCGUGCCACGCCACCUCUAGCCAAAGGAAAGACACGCACAGCACUGCUGCCAUAACAAAGCAAAUUCCUAGCACCUCAGCAGCUGAUGGCCUUCUGCAGGGGUUCCCUACGUUAAAGGAACAGACAGUGGUGUAUCAGAUCCUACCUAUACCCUGUGCUCAGUGGGGGACUUCCUUGAUUUGUUAGGUUGUUGUGCCCAGAUCAUUAGAUCCCCACAGAGACCCCCAGAGAGUCCAUCACACCGAACUGCAAGAGCAAGGUUUAUUCAGGGGUACCGGCCCCGACAGGGACCCCAUCCAACCAACCCAUGCAGCGGAGGAAGGAGUGAGGCCCCGGUCUUUGUUUGGGAGAGUUUUUAAAGGAAAAAAGGGCUACAUCAGCAGGAAAAAAGAGUUACAUACAGCAUGGAAGCUCUGGGCACAGGGAGUUACUUUGUUCAGCCAUCUCUACUGAGCUGUCCUUGGUCUACCGAGCUAGCUGUCCCUGGUAAGCUUUGAAAUCUCCGGAAUGCCUGAAUGCCUGCUUUUACAAGGACCCGGGUCUGCUAUGGGAAACAGAGGCUGCUUUUUUUUUAUUGUUUUAAAAUGGAGUCACUUUGGCUUUUCAUUCCCUCCUUGUUUUUGUUCAUGUUUGAAAAACCCAAUCAUGGUUUUUAGACUGACAGUUCGUAAGUUUCACAAACGUUUAUGGGUCUAUACUGGGACCAUUGGACCAUUAAUUGAAUGGUGCCCAAUCUGUGUUUUAUGAACUGCACAAGUCUGUUGAUAAUGUAAGGGCCAACGGUUAAGAUUAGAAUUAGGAGAACGAGGGGCCCAGUGAGUCCUGUUAGUAGGGUGGUUAGCCAUGGGAUGCAUUAAACCAAGACUCAGACCCCCCCGAGAGGCGUCCUGUUCUUUUUUCCGUUGUGCCAGUCCUUCCCCGACUUUAGCCAUGUUAUCUUUCAUUAGGCCCGCGUGAUCGGCGUAAAGCAGCACUCUUCCCCCAGAGCAGCGCACGCCCCCUUGUUGCGAGAACACUAGGUCGAGUCCCCUCCUCAACUGUAACACAGCUUCAGCCAGAGAUGAGAGGGAUCAUUCAAAGUGGGUAAUGGAGUUUUCUAUGCAUUCUAUGUCAAUGUCUAUAGCUGCCCUUAAUUUGGAGUACUGUUGGUUUUGGGUUACUAGGACCGACACCCUGGUGCCCAGCCCCCAUCCCCCCAGACUGGCUCCUAUUAGUAAACUCAAGUUAGGGCAGUUAUGGGCUCCAUUUUAUAUCUGUGGGUUUUAAUUAUUUCCUGUUUGUCCUGGAUCUUUUUUAGGAAUUCACUAUUUGUAUGAUACAGAAUUUUGGGGACCAAUCUAACAAGUACACAAUAAUCAGUCUGAUUUAAGACCUGGAGGUGGACACAAGGGUGUCUUCAGGAGCAGGAGUCGGCAUGGGACCUGGGACGCAUUCAGCUUUGAGAGACCCAUGGACACCCAGGCACAGAAGCCUGGGAGCAGCUGGACACAGGAGAAAAAGCUGUGAUGGAGGCCAGUGACGGAGCUGGUGACCCAAGGGCGGGGGUGGCUGGGAGGCAGGAGGACCACAGAAUCAGGAACUGGGGUCCCGCAGGGGUCGCCCCACCAGGGUCACGUCCCAGCCUCCCAGGGCUUGCCCGUGCCCCUCUGCUCCCACUGUGAGUCUCGCGUGGAAUUCUCUGCAGUCCACGGACGGCUGACCCAGGCAACAUUGCCCCGUGACUGGAAGAAAGGGCAGGCUCCUUUUCGGGCAAUCGGGAGAGCCGCUUUGCUCUUGUUCCCUCUCUCCUACACCUUCCAGGGCACUCAGGACAGUGCAUCCCACGCCACAUGCCUGCUGCACAGCUGCUGCACGGUCCCGGGCUGCAGUGGGCGUGGCCUGAUCGGCUGGGGCGCCACUCCAGAGGGCCAGCAGGUCCCUGUGCACCUGGGACAGAGGACAACAGACAGACCGGGUCCUCCAGGGCCGGCGUGCCCCAGUGUGACCUGGAGGAGGACGUGCGGGCCAGGGCCAGGGCCCAGGAGGGAGACUCCGAGCACCCGGACAGCAGCGAGCCCUAAGCUGGGCCUCUGCCUACACCUGCGACUGACUGAAGGGUCCCCCAUCAGCCCCUGGACUCUCCCGGCCUCGCUGGCCUCCCUGUGUGCUGGGUGUUGCCAGAGAGAUCCCCGUGUGCAGAACCUCAGGAGACCUUGGGCUGGGUGUGAAGUUCUAGGUUCCUCGUUUCUCCUUCCACCUCUGAGUGCUUCCGGGUUGAAAUUAUUUCAGAAUACAAGUAGUAAACAUCGUUGGACAACAGUGGACACAGAAUGUGUUACCCAGGAGAAGGGGAAAAGUGAGUUGCCCAGGUUCAGGUCUGGGGUUACGGUGGCCUGCAGGACUGGGACAGCGGAACGCCUCGCCUUCUGCCCGCGGUGUGAGCACAGCUUUGGAGGCCGCAGAUCGCUUGGUAGACAUUCACUUGGCCUUCCCCACGGGGCUGCGUCAGCCCACUGUGUCCUCCAGGGUUUCUGAGCAGGGCUCUGAAGGUGAACGUGGGGGAACUGACUGCCUCUUCUGGGACACUGAUGAUGCACCUGAUGGUGCCUGGAGGCAGAGCCUUGUGCCGUGUGUCAGGAUGCCAGCAUGGUGGCGCCAUCAUUCUGGUUCUGCCAUUCAGAGGUGAAAGAAAACGGAGCAGCUGGUUCCGGUGUAGAUGUUACCAGGUCUUCACAAGCCAGGAGGUGUUUGAUGUUGUUUUUUAGUGGAUUUUUAAGCCAGAGGUGAAAAGGCAGUUAAAAUAUCCUACAGGUUUUAAUUUCUCACAAAAUAAAAAUCAAUUUAGAUCACUCACCAAAGCAAAAAGCUUUGGGAGCCCUUGUUUUUAUUUAGGUGGGAAGGUUCUUGAGGAAUUCCCCGAGGCUGGGCUGUGGCUGACUGUCCGUUUCUUGCUCUGACUUCACACGGAGCUGUUCUUGGUGACUCCAGAGGUCUGCAGAGGCCCUGGGCGCACUUUUGUCCUGCUUGCAUGGGGAGCUGUAUUUCGUGACCUUUUGGACUUGGACUGAGUUCAGGCUUGCACCUGUGUUUUUUGCUCUAUGCAUUUCUUUUUCCCAUUUUUUUUUCUUUGCAGUAGUUUUCAUUGUUUGUUUUUCUCCAUUUGUAUGUAGAUAGCAUCAUUAGACUUAUUAGCAUUGUGCAGUUAAUAUAGAUUUUUCUUGGCAGUUGUCCUCAUAUGUAAAACUUAGAUCGUACUUAGUCUCACUGCUUAGUGUUGGUGUCCAUGCGGUUACUGUUGUUGGAGCAGCGUGGUUAGUCCCCUGGUUGUAGUCUCAGUGGGGGUCGCGAUGUUGUGCUGAGUCACACUUGCAGUGAGGGAAGAACACGGUGAAAGGCCCCAUGGCCUUCCAGGAGGAAGCGGAUGUCCUGGAGGGGUACAGGCUCCUGUGCUUCAUUGGCCAGGGCAGCUUCAGCCACGUGCAGCUGGCCCUCCACCUGAGAACAGGGAGCGAGGUGGCCGUGAAGGUCAUCCCGAGAGACCCUGAGGACUCAGCCAGCUUGCAGAAGCUGCUGGGCGAGGUGGACCUCAUGAAGGGCCUGCACCACCCGCACAUCAUUGAGUUGCUGGAGGUGAGGCACACAGCCGACUGCACCUACCUCAUCAUGGAGUAUGCCAGCCGGGGUGAGCUGCGCUGCUACGUGGCAGAGCGUGGCCACCUGUGGGAGGAAGAGGCCCGCUUCCUGUUCGGCCAGAUCCUGUCGGCCGUGCACUACUGCCACGGGCGCCGUGUGGUGCACAGAGACCUGAAGCUGGGCAACCUGCUGCUGGACGCCGGCCUCAACAUUAAACUGGUCGACUUCGGCCUGAGCUGCCGCGUCGCCGAGGGCCAACGGCUGGACACGUUUUGCGGGACGCCCAAGUAUUGUGCCCCGGAAGUGUUCCUGCAGCAAGAGCACGAUGGCUUCAAGGCUGACGUCUGGAGCCUGGGGGUGGUCCUGUACGCCAUGCUGACGGGGGCCCUGCCCUUCUAUGGCAGGAACCUGCGGGAGCUGGAGGCCCGCGUCCUGGGCGGACGUUACCUGCUUCCGGCUCAUACAAGCACAGCACUUAAAGAGCUCCUCAGUAAAUUACUGAGUGUGGACGCCAGGGAGAGGCCCACAGUGGAAGAAAUCAUGGGCCACUGGUGGCUUGGCAGAGGCCCAGAAAAACCCGAGAUAACCCAUGUGGAGCCUCUGGGAUCCACCCAGGAUUCUGAAACCCAAGAGUACCUGGCAGGCCUGGCCUUUGAGCCAGGCAGUGGAGAGGAGUCCCUGUCCAACAAUCAAUGUGACGGCGCCAUGUCUGUCACACCAGUCUCCCACAAGGGCCACCCGAGGGUGGAGCCCAUAUCUCAGGCCAGACUCUCCCCUCCUAGCCUCAGUGUUCUGCGGAGCCACCCUGUGCCCAGGAACCUGAGGAAGAUCACAAGUCAGCCAGCGCCCCCCUCCUCCCAACUCCAGCUGCCACGAGACCACCAGGAGGCAGAGCCACAGGCCUGCAGUGCAGCCCCCAUGCCCGACUGUCCCCAGGCUGGCCAGCCGCAGAUGCGGAGCCCCGGGCCCGGGCUGAGCCCCCUCACAGGCCCUGGGGCCUCCGCCUCCCCGCUCAGCCCCGGCAGCAGUGAGGGGCCCCUGGAAGAAGGGACGCACCCCUGGGGAGCGGCAGAGCACGAAGCUGUCCCAAGAGGGCAACCAGGGCAGGCGGCUGGGACCUCAGCCACUGCCUCGGACAAGAGCCGGGGCUGCUGGGGCGUGGGCAGGAGGAUGGUCAGGUUCCUCCUGCGGGCGUGUUGCAUCCUGCCGGCCAGCGAGGAGGACCCUGGGGUCAGGGGCACAGACGGGGCUCCCCCGUAGCCUCCUGCAGGGCGGCCCUCGAGGGGAGGGGCCCUGGAGCCGAGCUGCCUGAGGGUUGUUGGCUUCAGCCUUUUGUGAAUGAUUCUCAUGAAUAAAAAUCCUAGCUGUGCGCAGGGUCGGGUUCCAGGUGAUGCCUGGAUCCCCGUGUGCGCCGUGGAACUGUCGGUUCAGUUGUCUGGCACAGGGAUGGCCACGCAAAGACCGGUGCUGCCCGAUGCCACUUCUUGGGGAUUCCAGAGAGGUGACCCUGAAGCCAGAAGAGACUGAUGGCUCCCAGAGGCGGGGGUUGGGGAGGGACAGGCCCACAGCCUGUGGGGUUGCAGAUGCACAGGAAGGGGUGGGCGCUGAGCUCCGGGCACCCAGGGAGCUCCUAGUACAGAGUCAUGUCUGAGAAGAGCUGCGAUAGCCCAUGCCCGUGUCCCCCUGCGUUGUCACUGGGCAACACGAGGACCCCAGGGCCUGGAGCCUGACGUCCUGGUGUGCGGGGUUGGCCAGGUGUGGACUCAGACGGCUGCAGGUGGGACUUGCUCAGCAGAGGAUUGGGGUGGGCCAGUGCCUGGGGCUUCACAGAGCCCCUGGCAGCACCCUGGCCUUCCACAGCCUUCUGAGCAAAGCGAGGUGGCAAGGGGCCCGGGGAAGAGGGUCCCCUUGGGCCCUACGUGGAUAAGCUGUGGGUUCGGGCCCUUCCCCUACCCCUGUAGGAUGCAGGCCCACACAGCAGCUUUAGCCACCACGUCACAGCACUGAGCCCAAACACUCCUUCUUGCCUGUCUUGUCUUUCAUAUCCCUUAUUGUAUGGAGCCUUCCUUUGAGGUAUCACUCAUGUACCGUGGAUGUGACCCUGUGAGGCGUCCCGCACACUGGUUCUAGGUGCACACCUGUCUCUAUCGAGCUCACUGUGUGAGAGCUGGGCUCAGGGAGGCUGCAGAUGGCGCAGUGACAGAGACACUGGACUCGGAUCCCUUUCUUUCUCCCUGGCUUUCCUCUCCCUGACCAGGGCGUCUGCAGACCGAGCCCUGGGAGAGCGGAGGGAGGGUCUGAAGCAGGCCCAGUGAGCCUGAGUAGGAAGUGCUAGCGUGGCCGGGGCUGCUCCCUCCUGGCUGCGUGGGCGCUGCUGGGGAAUCAGAGCCCCAGAGACCCCACAGGGCAGGAGACACAGGGGAGCCUGGCAUAGGGAGACUUGGAGGGUGCCCAAAGUGCACCCCAAGGCAGCACUGGAGAGAUGGGGUCUCUACUAUUUAGGAAAGUACUGAAGGCUACAAGGUCACUGCUUAAGAUGAGCCCCGGCCAGUGCCCCGGCUCAACAGGCUAAUCCGCCGCAUUGCGGCGCCGGCACACUGGGUUCUAGUCCCGGUCAGGGCGCUGGAUUCUGUCCCGGUUGCCCCUCUUCCAGGCCAGCUCUCUGCUGUGGCCCGGGAGUGCAGUGGAGGAUGGCCCAAGUGCUUGGGCUCUGCACCCCAUGGGAGACCAGGAGAAGCACCUGGCUCCUGCCUUCGGAUUAAGGCGGUGCUCCAGGCCGCAGCGCGCCAGCCGCCGCGGCCAUUGGAGGGUGAUCCAAUGGCAAAGGAAGACUUCUCUCUCUGUCUCUGUCUGUCUGUCUCUCUCUCUCUCUCACAGCCUCUGUCCCCAUCCGGGCACAGACACCAGGCAGAGUGAAUCAGGGUCGUGGGGGAGGGGCCCAGUGUCCUUGAUCUUCAGUGGUUCAGGGCUCCCUGGGGACGUCCAUCCGCAGGCCCCUCCUCCUCCUGUGUGUGCAGGGGGAGUGAGUUCUGGCAUCUCGAUGCCCACAUGACAGUCUGCCUGUGUGCCCUUCCCUGACACCAGGGAGGCAGAGCAAUCACCCCACCCCCGGGGUUGGGGGGCUCAGGCUCCAGGUCCAGGGCUGCCGCCCCUCCCCCACUGUCUCCCUGGCUCCCUGUGGAGCUGGGCCUCUGCCUCAGGCUCAGCUUACAGUCACAGCCUCAGCCCCACCCCUGCAGACCUGGGCUGUGGGCAUUGGCCCCUCCUUCACAAACAGGGAAACUGAGGCCGAGAUGAAGAGCCAGGCCCCUCCCCAGUGAGCGGUUCCUCCCAGGCCCAGGUGGCUGCUGAUUCCUGCCCCACACAGGGAGCAGCUGGGGCAGAGCCGGGGCGUCAGCACCCGGGAGCAGCUGCCAGCCCUGGGCCCAGGGGUUCAGUGUGGAGGAGACAGCUCCACCUGUGACAGAGGAACGUCCUUAGGCCAGUACAUGGAGUGGAGUGUAUCUGAGAAGAGCAUCGUACAACAACGAUGAUACAAGAACCAGGCAGCUUCAGACACGGAGCAGGUUCUGAGGUUGCUCAUCCACGACAGGUGCACAGCACUGCUGGACACGGGAAGUGGGUGCCGAGAUCAGCGCCAUGGCCCCACGCAGUGCCCACAGCUGCAGGGCGGCCACGGCUGAACUAGUUAAUUACUCACAGCCUAAGUAGUGACCUGGCUACGGGGCCUUGUGCUGCAGCCACAGCACAGUGCCAGGAUGAAGCUGAGUUGGGUGUUGGCCCAGUGCAUGAGCCUGGUCCAAGUCCAUGUCUUCCCGUGAAUUUUCUUCAGCACCUGGUAAGGCUUCCCGUGAUGUCAUUCUUCUGACUAGAGGUAAAGUGAGGUGGCUGGGUGACGUUUCAAUGGAAUUACCAACGUCCGAGUGCAAAGCCGUGUUUUAGGAUCUUGGUGCUGCGGCUCCCUUUGGACCCCGGCCACUGAGCUGGGACGGUUGUUCGGGCGCUGCCAAUGAGGAUACCCGGAGAGGCAGGGGGCGCCCAGCCCAGGGUGGAGCCUCAGAGCCUCUGCUCCUGCUGAGCCCGCCCCUCUCCUGCCCCCGAGAUGGGAAAGACUGAGCGACCCGGGUGAGUUUUGGUGGAGCCCAGAUGAGUGGGUCAUCACCGUGGGGGUCCGCCCUUGCCGUGGGCAGCACCACCCUGCCCACCCAGAACUCGGAGAGAACAGGGCCGCAGGGCAGGGGCAGCUCGGGGCUCUCAUGGAGCCUGCGUGUCUCAGUGCUCCCCCCUCAGGGCUCAGAGCCCCCGGUGCUGUGGCUUUUCCACUCCAGAACUCCCACCCGUGAUCCUGGGACUCCCGGCUGCAGCCCGAGACCGAGAAGAACCCGGUUGACCUGGGUCCUGGGUCCUGGGUCCUGUGGACUCAGUCUGUGCCCGCUCCCAGCUCUCCUGGUUUUCUGCUGGGCAGACAGACGCCCCUGGGACUUGGCAGACGCCAGCGCAGGUGAGCCCCUCCCCCUGACAGACCCCUUUCCCUGCCCCACUCUCUGUGUGUGAUUUGGCUUCCAGGGAACCGUGGCUAGAAGAGAUUCUGAAUCCUCUGGGGACCUUACUGGGUGCACAGGUGCGAGAGAGGUGGGGUCUGGGAUUUCUGUGUUCUGGAAGCUUCCAUGUGGGGCAGGGGACAAGGAGCACAGUCAGGCAUCCUCUGAGCACUCUGCUGAUCCCGGCUGUGGACCCUGAGAACCAAGAGGGCCCCCGUGGCUGUGUGGACAGAGACCCCGAAGCUGCCCCUUGCACAGGCGGCCACUGAGCAGCUGCCUACUAAUGGGGCCAUGGGCACUGAGUGGCGUCUCCCACACUCGCCCUGGGAUUCGAAACACCUGCUGGCUGGAAGAUAGCGCGUUCUGGGCAUCUCCCUGGGGAGAUUCAGUGUUCAAUAUCAGGAAUAGUUUGUAUUGACUUGCCUGGGUCCCAGGGAAUGUUGAGCCUGGGCCUGCAUUAGUGUGGGGAUUUUAUGAGACGGGAGUUUGGGCAGAGCUAGGAGCAGGCCUGGAGCUGAGGGUGUCCUCUUCAGGCCGGGUGCAGGACCUCUGACUAGGCCCCCAGUUCUGCCUUACCAAAGCCCAGUGCUCUCUGACAACCACGUGGACGUGGGGAGGUCUCAGGAGAAUGGGUGCCUGCUGGG